UUUCCCUCUUUGCUUGCAUUUGCCUCUUAUCUCUCCAUUCCCCUUCUCUCUUAAACCAUGUCUCUACCACAUCCCACCAACCCCAUUGCAGCUCCAUUGGUGCAUCCUAAACUUUCUACCACCACCAAGGAGGACCCAAGCCUAAGACACUUGUCCGAUGAGACCAUUACCGGCCACAUAUACACUAAACAUCGUGAGGACGAUAGAGUCAAGAUCGACGUAGACAAUUACACUGCAUUGGUCGAAAGUAUCAUCACAACCGCUGAUCGAAUCACUGAAACUGUUUCUCAAGGCACCGAAGGACGUUUGAUAUUUUCAGACGAUUUCUUGAAAGUGAAUGCUGUGGAUCCACCGCUCUGCACCCUUCACCAAAUAUCGAGCCAGCUGGCUUGCAAAGCUCCAGGGAUAGAAAAAGCACAUCAAACAACACUAUACAUUCUUGAUAUAUUGGUGAGCUAUCCAUGGGAGGCCAAGGCAGUGCUAACUUUGACUGCUUUUGCUACUGAAUAUGGAGACAUUUGGCAUCUGAACCAUUAUUCAUUGUUGGACCCACUUGCAAAAUCAUUGGCCAUGAUCAAACGAGUCCCUUUGUUGAAGAAACAACUGGACUCCAUCAAAUAUCGGCAGGUGCUUCUUAGCCCCAACAGUUUGAUCUACAGCUGCUUGAGAGCCAUGAAUUACAUUAACAAACUCAAGAACUUCUCCAAAUAUGACAUUAAAGAACUUACAGAGUUGUCUUCUGUGCUUCGCCAAAUUCCACUGGUUUCUUACUGGAUUAUACACAUUAUUGUGGCAUCCAGAACUGAGAUUUCAAGUUAUUUGAAUGAAACUGAGGGCCAAUCGCAGAAAUAUUUGAAUGAGUUGGCUGACAAGAUCCACUCUAUACUCAAUACUCUUGAGAAUCAUCUCAACAUCAUUACAGCACAACAAGAUGAGAUUGGUCUGUAUAGAUGGCUUGUGGACCACAUUGAUAACUUUCCAACUGAGAUAACAUCGGUUGUGCCUAAGCUUAUUGAAGGCAAGGUUGAUGCAAAGCCUUUCAUAGAUGGUUCUACUCGAUCACAGGUUAGCAUUCAAGAUGCUUUAAGAGAAAAGAAUGUGAUCUUGGUAAUUUCUGGAUUAGAUAUCUCGGACGACGAUAUUCGAGCUCUUCAUUUGGUGUACAAUGAAGUGAAAAAGGAGGAGAAAUAUAAGAUUGUUUGGAUCCCAAUUAUUCCUGAGCAUUCUGUAGAAGACAAUGAAGAAGAAGCUCGAAAGAGGUAUGAGUACAUAAGCUCUUCAAUGAAGUGGUACAUUGUGCCAUACACUACAAAAAUUGCAGGAUGGAGAUACCUUGAGGAGAAUUGGCAACUUAGACAAGACCCAUUAGUUGUUGUUCUGAGCUCACAAUCGAGAAUUGAAUUCACAAAUGCAAUCCAUUUGAUUCGAGUUUGGGGAACUGAGGCGAUUCCAUUCACAAAUGGGAGAACUAAUACUUUGUUGGGAAAGAAUUGGCCUGAGUCCACCCUUUUCAAAUUUAUUGACCAACCAAGAUUGCAAAGUUGGGUCAAUCAAGAGAGGAGCAUCAUAUUUUAUGGAGGAAAAGAUCCCAACUGGAUCCAACAAUUCGAAGAGAAAGUAGUAGAAAUCAAGAACGAUCCAUUCAUAAAGGAAAAAGGAAUUACAUUUGAAAUCGUUCGCGUGGGAAAAAACAUCAAAGGACAGAAUGAUUUUACUCUUUCACCUCGUUUUUGGAUCACACAAUGGGGUUACUUUGUCAUCAAGAGCCAAUUGAGAGGUUCAAGUGCAACUGAAACAACUGAAGACAUCCUACGGUUGAUAUCCUAUGAAAAUGACAACGGUUGGGCAGUUCUAGCUGUUGGAUCAGCUCCGUUGCUCGUAGCACGUGGCAAUUUGGUUCUGGGAGUGUUCGAAGAUUUCAACAAAUGGAAAAGGAAUUUGAAUAUCAAAGCUUUCCCUGAUGCGUUUAGAGAUUACUUCAGUAAUGAGUUAAAUCUCAAAUUUCAUACUUGUGAAAGAAUGACUCUUCCGGGAUUUAGUGGCUGGAUUCCGAUGAUAGUAAAUUGCCCUGAAUGUCCUCGUUUCAUGGAGACGGGUAUAAGCUUCAAGUGUAGCCAUGGCCGCCCCGAGUGAUGUCAGAAAGCACACAUUCUUCGCGGAGAAGUCCGAACUACUUCGACAUGUUGUGUGCUUUAUAAUAUACUAUAUGUACUACUAUAUACUAAAUAAUACCAGAUGAUCUGACUCAUCUUUGUUGUAUGUUUGUAUCAAGUUUGAUCCUAUUAGGCCUACGCAUGAAUAUUAUUGCAUGUGAGUGAAAACUAGUUGGUUUUUUCUCUCUUCUAUCUU